UGUUCCACCUAUUUUUGUUUUACCUCACGUGUUUGUUUUGUUAUUACAAUAACAAACAGUAACAAGAAAACAAGUAAGUUUAUUAUCAUUUAAUAAGCGAAGUAAUAAUAUUAACAUAGUAGAUGUAUUAUAUUAAGUGUAAUGUGUCAAGGAAUAUUUAAAAAUGGUAUACUUGGUAGAAGAGAGUACACUACUGAAACUGUCACCGAAUCUAAUAAAAAUAAUAGAAUUUUUAAGUGAAAAAAAAACAACUCACAAUGACUAUCUCAUUGCACUAGCGAUAACUGUAUUUAAGGAAGCGGAUUUUAUUGUCAAAAAUAAUGAAGACAGGGGCGACUAUUUACCAUUAGAAUUGGAUCCAAGACAAUGGAAAAUAAAUGGAGCAUACAGGAUUAAUCUUGAACAUCGUUCCAUACGAGAAUUAAAUUGUAAAUUUGACGCUAUUCCUGUGGGAGAUCUUAUCAUACUAAACUUAACCUCUAUUAAUAAUAAUAUCAAGACGAGAUGUACUGCUGUUGAAACGUUGGAAUUUGUCAAUUUGCAUUCCAGUGAUGUUAACAGCCGCUUUAUGAAUUUAAAGACUUUUUCACAUAGAAUAAAAAACAAUUUAACCACUCCAUUAAAAUGUGAUGUCUUGAAUCAUCUAGGAGUUGUAAAUCCAAGUCUUCCCGGUUUGCCUGAAGAGUUAAUUCUAAAAAUAUUAAGUAUGCUUUCUGAGGUGGACCAAAUAAACCUGCACAAGACUUGUCAAAAGUUCGAAAACUUGUUCAAAAGUUUGUACGAAAACAAGAGUGGUGUUAAAAAGUUUCGCGAGUAUGAAUCAUAUAUGAAGUUGUUGAGACUUGGUCGUCAUGACUAAAAAAUGAUCUGUUGACAUUUAUAAAAUAAUAAAAGUGAUAAACAUAU